AUGCCUCCAGGUGGCACGAAAAGAGUCAGGGCAAUUGGCGGCAGUGAGGCAACUCCUAGAGUUGCAACCAGGUCUGGAAAGAAGUACAUCACCAACCACCCCACGAUUAUGAGUACCAUGGAAGAUAUGUUGGCCCAGCCUGCUCAAGACUUGGAGACACCAAGAUCUAGUACUGAGAUAGUUUCGAAGGUUCUCUCACAAACCAGUGCAGCUUGUACAUUCCUCAAGAAUGUUGGUAUUGAAACACCAGUAAGCAAGUCUGUUGCAUCAGCUGCAAGAGAGGCACAACUUUGGGAACAUCUACAGGUGGAGAAGGAACGGGCUGAUAAUCUUGAAGAACAACUGGUCCAUCUAAAGAAGAAAGCUACAGAAAUAGAAGAAUCCAUGGCCAGGACCCAAGAAGUUGUGCUCAAGAACCAGCAAGAGCUAGAGGAGUUCAAGAAGAAACAAGAAGCUAAUGAUAUGAUCCUUCAGCGCAUCUUGGGCCUCCACUUAGGUAAUCGAGCUACUUAG